AAGCUUUCGAAAACCAGCCACCAAUGGCGACACAUAUCCAAACCAAUCCAUACAAAAUCCUCGUCUACCUAUCCGCACACCUUCUAAUGUCAGAUUCUCAACAACAACUACACUAGCUUUGAAUUCACGGCGUUGGGAAAAAAAUAUAAAUAUCUUCUCCCGAGCAGUUGAACGAUCCGAACGAAUAGAAGUUACAGAAUCCAAUCGCAUGAGUCUCUACUCUCCGCUAUGACCGAGGUCCACGGGGAGGAGUUUGCGAGCCGGUACGCCGGAACGCGGGGCAAUGUCGGCGGCGGCGGCGGGGAGGAGGAGGACUGGAAGUACCACGCGGCGGAGUUCGCGAAGGGAGUGGCGGAGAUGAGCGUGGAGUUCGGGAGGGGCGUGAGGGACGUGGUGAGGCAGAGCUUGCUGGCGAAGGAUUCCUACUUCGUGAGGAACUUCGGGGAGCCUUGCGCCAGGGCGUGCGAGAGGUUGAGGUUCCUGAACGAGUACUUGCCGGAGGAUCGCGAUCCGGUCCACUCGUGGACCGUGGUGUUCUUCGUUGCUGUCGUUGCUCUUGCAGCGCUGUGUGUAAGUAGUGGACAUGAUACUACCACCCCAUUGGUAAAGAGAUUGUAUAUACAUCCUCCUAAUGCUUGUCGUAUAUUACUACCGGAUGGCAGACACUUGGCUUAUCAAGAACAAGGCGUUCCAGCUCACAGAGCUAGAUUUUCCAUGAUUAGUGCUCAUCCCUUUCUUUCAUCCCGACUUGCAGGAAUACCUGGUCUAAAGGCUUCACUGCUGGAGGAAUUUGGCAUUCGCCUGGUAACAUAUGAUCUUCCAGGUUUUGGUGAAAGCGAUCCCCAUCCCAAUAGGAACCUUCAGUCGUCAGCUCUGGAUAUGUUGCAAUUAUCAUAUGCUGUCAAUGUCACUGAGAAGUUCUGGGUGCUAGGAUACUCAGAAGGAAGCAUGCAUGCUUGGGCUGCACUCAGAUACAUUCCUGAUAGAGUAGCAGGUGCACUGAUGGUUGCUCCGGUUGUUAAUCCGUAUGAACCAAGCAUGACAAAAAAAGAGAGAUCUCGAAUCUGGGAGAAUUGGUCACCGCAAAGGAAACUAAUGUACUAUUUAGCUCGUAGGUUUCCUAGUUCUCUUGCUUACCUCUACCGCCGAAGCUUCCUGUCUGGAAAUCAUGGUCAGAUAGAUAAGUGGCUAUCACUAUCAGUUGGAAAGGGAGAUAGAGCUUUGAUAGAGGAGCCAAUAUUUGAGAAGUUUUGGCAGAGGGACGUAGAGGAAUCUGUCAGACAGAGAAAUGUAAAACCAUUUGUGGAGGAAGCUGUUUUGCAAGUCUCCGAAUGGGGUUUCAGACUUUCAGACCUCAAAAUACAAAAGAAACGCCAGGGUCAAGGUAUCAUUCAUUGGCUGAAGUCCAUAUAUAGCCAAGCAGAAGAACAAUUGACAGGCUUUCUUGGCCCAAUUCAUAUAUGGCAGGGUAUGGAGGAUAAAGUUGUCCCACCCUCAACGACCGAUUUUGUGCAGCGAGUUAUACCAGGGGCCAUGGUACAUAAGCUUCUUUACGAUGGCCAUUUCACCUAUUUUUACUUCUGUGAUGCAUGCCAUAAACAGAUUUUUACUACCGUUUUCGGAAACCCACAAGGGCCACUUCCUGCUGAAGUAGAAGAUCGAACGCCCAUCAAAAUAAUUGAGGAGAAAGAUGAUGAAGAAGAAGACACACUCGGCGAUACUGUCAGGGACUGAGGUCAUUUUUCUGGUUUAAUUGAACAGAUUCCGAUGUAUAUAUACAAUAGGUUUACCCCCGGUAAGCAUUGAGUCUAGAAGUUAAGCCAUAAGUUUUGGUUUCACCAAACAGAUAAUUGGAAGUUGGAAACUUGGUAAAGACAAUAAUUCAAUUGUCCUGGUUCAAUAUCAAGGGACCGAUUAAGAUAGAAGCGUAUACUGAAUUGAAUUGGGUCAUUAAUUUUCUUGGUGUGUAAACCUGUUCAUGGAUAAAUGACACGCAAAGUGGACCUUUUCAACA